AUGGCGGUUCAAACUCAGGAGGCCGAUGACCGGCCACGAUUCGAAAGAACGCAAACACAACCUGAGAACCCGUUCGCUGGUCUCAUUCCCGAGCAGCAAAUCGCCAUCAUCCCCUCCUUCACACUCGAGUCUGGAGUGACGCUUUACAAUGUCCCUGUGGCAUACACAACGAGGGGAACGCUCAAUCCCAGUGGGGACAAUGCCAUGGUCAUCUGCCACGCCCUGACGGGAAGCGCAGAUGUCAGCGACUGGUGGGGUCCUCUGCUCGGCGGCCCAGGGAGGUCCUUCGACACGUCGAGAUUCUUCGUCGUCUGCAUGAACAGCCUCGGCAGCCCCUAUGGCACAGCAAGUCCCGUCACAGCAAAGGAUGGUGAUCCAUCCAAGGGCCGAUACGGCCCUGAGUUCCCCCUGACCACCAUCAGGGACGAUGUCAAUCUUCACAGGCUCCUCCUCGAUGACCUCGGUGUCAAGCAAGUAGCGGCUGUCAUUGGUGGUUCUCUCGGCGGUAUGUUCGUCCUCGAAUGGGCUUACUUUGGCAAGGACUACAUCCGCUGCAUUGUCCCCAUCGCCACCUCCAGUCGACACAGUGCCUGGGGUAUCAGCUGGGGCGAGGCUCAGCGCCAGAGCAUCUACGCCGACCCCAAGUAUGAGGACGGCUACUACACCUUCGAGGACCCCCCGGCGGCCGGUCUUGGUGCCGCUCGCAUGUCGGCCCUCCUGACCUACCGUAGCCGCAACUCGUUCGAGUCGCGCUUCGGCCGUAAUACCCCCGACCCCUCAAAAAGGCAGGUCAUUCGCGAGAGGCCCCGGCCCACGACCCCCUCGGGCGCCCACUUCCACAUCCACAACGACGGCCACCGCGUCUCCCGCGCCGGCAUGUCCCGCCACAACAGCGGCGGCAGCCAGGCGAGUAUCGGCACACCGGCCACCGUCGACGCCGCGUCCGUCCUGCCGACGGCGGAUCCGCAGUUCCACGGCCCCCAGACCGAGAGCCUGACCGGCGGCGACAAACUGCCAACGUCGACGUACUUCUCGGCCCAGUCCUACCUGCGCUACCAGGGCGGCAAGUUCGUCAAGAGGUUCGACAGCAACUGCUACAUCGCCAUGACGCGCAAGCUGGACACGCACGACGUCUCGCGGGGUCGCGCGGAUUCUGUGGCCGAGGCGCUGGCCCUGAUCGAGCAGCCCACUCUCGUUCUCGGCAUUGAGAGCGACGGCCUCUUCACCUUUGCCGAGCAGGAGGAGAUUGCCGAGCACAUCAAGCUCGGCAAGCUGGAGCGCAUCGACAGCCCAGAAGGCCACGAUGCUUUCCUGCUGCAGUUUGAGCAGGUCAACAAAUACGUCCUUGCCUUUCUGAAAGAGGUCUUGCCGGAUAUCAUGGACAAGGAGAGCCAGUCAGUCGAGGAGGAAGGCGUCGGCAAGAUAACCAAGAGCAGCACGUUCGGCGAGGCAGAAGUCGAGGACAUUACGGCGUGGUAG